AUUGAGGCCGCUGUAUACCACCAUGCCUCUCGACACAAUCUACCUCACCCGUCACGGCCACCGCCUCAAUUGGACGAUAGACUACAAAACGGGCACCUACCAUGCUCAAUUCCCAACCCCCACAGGCAAUCCGGCCGAUCCCACCCUCACCUCGCACGGAGUGCGCCAGUCCCAUGAGCUCGCUGCGCAUCUGACCAGCGAUAGCGUCCAUCCGAAACCUUUUCGCGUCUACUGCAGCCCGUUCUACCGAUGUCUCCAGACAAUCCAGCCAUCUGUGGAGGCACUGAAAGAGCUCCACCAGAGGACAUGCUCGAAAGCGUGUACCUCUACGACAGCCACAACGGACAGCACCAUUGAACCCCACGCAGACUUUGACGUGCGCAUUGAGAAUGGUCUAGGAGAAUGGUUCGGCCACACCACCUUCUUCGACCACCCGCAGCCCGCCCCGCAUUCCAUCCUAGCCACCCACUUCCCGACCCUCCUCCCCCUCCCUCCUGCGACAUCUCCUCCCCCUAGUGUCCGGGACCGAGGAGGAAACCCACCAACCACCCCCCAUGUGAUCCCCUCGCCCACCGGCGAAACCAUCGCCCAGCUCCACGACCGCGUCGCCACCGCCCUCGCCGGCAUCCUCGCCGACGUCGACGCCGAGAUCGCCGCGCUGGAGGCCGCGCAGCCCGCCCACGAACCCCGGACCAGCAAAGCGAUCCUCAUCUGCUCGCAUGCGGCGCCCUUGAUCGCCAUGGGCCGCGCGCUGACGGGCCACAUGCCGGCGGAUCCGAACACCGAGGACUUCGCGGUGUUCACAGCGGGGCUGAGCACCUUUCGCCGCCGCCGUCGCGAGAGCGGGGACCGGCGUGAUGCUUCUCCCGCCCAGCAGGUUGAGAUACCAUCACUUGCACGGGGGACGAAAGUCCUUCGGGCUGGUACAGCAGUCCCGGAUUGGCGUGGGGGCAAAGGUGUCGCUGGUGGGUGGGAUUGUGUGCGGAAUGGUGACUGUGAGUUCUUGAGUCAGGGGGCUGAACGAGGGUGGUUUGUAUAUUCUUUUUUUCUUUCCUUCUCUUGUGAUUCGGUUCUGUGGUUGAGGGACCUGGAACUUGGGCUAACGGGUGUUCACUCCUUGUAGGCACUUUGAUGGAGAAGAAGGGUUUGAUACGGGCCCUAUGGCGCCAGAGGAGGCGGGGCCGACGUCGAGUUUGGAUACUAUGGCUACUGAUGGUGUAGGUGAGCGGGGGAUGAAAUUGUGACACUGACGCGUGGUCUCGGGAUUGGGGGGUGGGAGUAUAAAUACUGAUGGUAAGAGCUAUGUUACUGGUAAGGAAGGCAUAUACAUCCAGAUAAUCCCCAGUUAGCGUCGACACUACUUCUCUCGCCAAGGGAAUUAUAGAUUAUGCCCUAGAUUAUGUCCGACUGAAGCAGCAAGGGUAGA